GUGAUUUUUUGCCAAACUUGUGCCCCCUUCUAAACAAAAUCGACGGGUCUGAGCGUUUUUAAAAAAAAAACUGAGCUUCCAGUAAAUGCGUCUGUUUUGUUUUCGAUGCGCCAGGCUGUAUAUAUAGAACAUAAAAAUGAAACUAUCAGAUUUCAUCAAAAGCUUUGUAUUUCUGAGUCGACUUUGGUCCUGGCAGGUUCAUUAAAACGGGUCCUUUUUGAAUAAGAUUAUGCAAGAAAAACGAAUCAGAAUGUUGUUCCGAGCGAAUGCGGCGAUACUUCCGGGACUAAUAAAAUGUUACUGAGAAGAGGGGAUGCUAAGGCAUUGUUGAAAUGACUGGGAUAGUUUGGAUCCUCUAGAAUCUAGAAGAUAAUUUUAAUCGUUGCAAAGAUUAAUUCAGGUAGCGAUCCGUAUACAAGACUGUAUGUAGAUCUUGCUAGAUUUUAUAUUUGAGAAGAAGAUCAAAGGCUCAGUAAUCUUCCAGUACAAACUGCCAAAAAUGACGUGUAAAGCAACGUCAUUGGGCAAUAUAUAAUUUUCUGGUCUAUCCGCAGUGCAACUUAUCAUUUUAAGCUACGAUUUGUGUUGUUUUUGCGUUUAAGCAGUUUUUCUACCCUAACGAGACAAAAGCUGGAAAUAUUGAGUCAUGACUCGUUACGGGCUUGGAAUGUUUAUUUUGAGGAUUAUCGUACCUGUACUGAUCUCGAUGAGUAUAAUCGUACGACCCUCUUUCAUGUGUUUGAUUUACAUGGCAAUGCUGCUGUAUUUACCGUUUAUAAACCUUCUAGACGAGCGGAACAUAGAUACAGGAGCAUUCAAGUAUAUGAUGAUUUUUUUACCGUUCCAAACGUUUGCUACACAGGCCGGUUUCUAUCUUUAUACCCUCAGUACAGACGAGAUUUCGAUGGAUGAGAACGCAAGAAUGCGUCGCCUGAUGAAGAACAUAGGUCUGAGUGCAGUAGAUUCCUCUAAGCCACUGGAAAUAAUUUUUUGGAUGGGCCCUGAAUGCGUGAUGUUGCUGGUGUCCAUCUUGUAUACAUGGGCGGUGAAAAUGAUGGCUAGCGCUGGUUCUAAGGAGGCUAUGGGCUAUAUGGAUAUAAAUGAAAUACGGCAGGAGAAGCUCAGAUAUCUACAGGUGUUUACCUCUGCAGGAAAAUUCAUAACCAUCUGCAUGUUACUACUCAGUGCAUUGUGGAAGCAUGCAGUUUUCGGCUUGCUCUACUUCCUGCUCUUCCUUUUCUUCAUAAGCUGUUGGGCGUUCAACAAGGAUCUGCGCAGAUUGCUUUCUAUAGUCCUUUUCUUCUGCAUGCCAAUUGCAAUGAUACAUAUUAUCUGGGAGUAUAUGUAUCAGAUAGAGAUUAUACAAGAUAGCAGUCCUGAAGAGACUAUAUACAAUAGGUUGUUUGGAAUCGACCGCCUAGCAACGCCGUCGCCCACAUAUGGACCGGAUUUUACUAUGUAUGUUUUUAACACCAAGGAUUGGAUCAACUUGUUACAUCCCAUCAUACUCUACGUACUUUACUACUUCAUGGUGAACACCGCUCUCAUGCUUAGAAAUCUUGAUAAAUUUCUCCUUGAAGAUAAAAGGAGGGGUGUCCGAACAAAAUGGAGGUCUAUCACCAGAAAAGUGAAGAGGAUGAUGCAGGGAAGAAAGUUUGAGAUGAACAAGAAGCCUGUACAUGACCAUGGUCACGAUACAACUAGAGACCGAAGAUGGAGCCGUUCAUUCCAGCUACUGAAAUCCUUCUUAGAAGUAACUCGUCGCUAUUCAUAUGUCUUAUCCAUCUGUGUAAUAAUGGUAUGGUCAAUCACAUUUAUAAACGUUACGUCAAUCUGGAUGUUGAUAUUAGGAAUCGUCCUCUGGAUGAUACCUGACAAAAGGAAAGCCACACUAAUCUGCAGCUUCCCACUUUGCAUUUACGCUUACCUGAGUAUGAUGUACACUUACAUGCUUGGAAUGGGAUACUCGCAUCUGUUUGAGAUAAAAGCGCUUGGACUAGGGCAAAUGUCCAUCUUCCAAUUCAUGGAGUUCUCACGCAAGAGCACUGUAGAAGUAAUCAUCAAACUAUUGUAUACUGUUCCUUUUUGGUCGACGAUUCGUCAUUAUAUGGAGGAAAGACAACGCAAAAGGACGGCCAAAUACGAUAUAUUACGAACUCAAUCUGAAAUGAUUGAGUCAGAGAAAUCGCUUAGAAGUAGAAGCUUAUUAGAAAAGGUAUUAAAGACGUUUUUUGUGAAGUACUGGCUGGUUGUGCUGACAUUAUUUCUAUACGCUGUUGCGAUAACUGGUGUUAACAUUGGUAUUAUGAGAGCUUUGGAGAUGUUCCAGUGUAUCCUCUUUUUGUUCAUUUUGCAGAUGUCAUUCAAAGCCUGGAGACGAAUACUGUACAUUUACAUGGUAUUCUUAUUACUGAUGUGCUUAUUCACCAUGUCAAUGUUCUACUCGUACCAAUUCGCUGCGACCCAUGACUUUCUGGAUAAACAACUCAACAUCAAGAAAGAUAUAAAAGAAAGUUUCUUGGGCAUAUAUACAACGUAUACCUUAUGGGAUUAUGUAACUGCUAUAGUGGUUCCCGCUAUAUACAUCGUUUUUAUAUUGCUUCAAAUGACGUUCUUUCACAAGCCAUUCAUGCAAAUGUCAGAUGAAAAUAACACGAAAGCUGCGGAAGAAGAUGAUCGAAAUAGAGCGUUGUAUGGCAAACACAUGCGAAGAUGGGUAGCAUUUGUAGAUUUCGCAUUUCUUUUUAUGGAGCAACACUUGAUGAAAUUAGUGAUAUUACUGAUAUACUUCAUGUGCAUCGGGGAAGUUUGUGCGAUAAAUUUCAUCAUCCUAGCUCCUUUGUGUAUCACAAUGGUAACUGGAAGGUACUCUAGAUUGUAUGUUAUAUAUUGGGCAGCGUUAGUGGUUUCAACACACACUGUUAUGAAGAUGGUAUAUGCGAUGAGUAUCUUCGAUGCAUCUGACUACAAUGUUACUUGUAAUGUAACGAAGCAUCCAGAGCACAUAAGCAGGACACGCAACUUUGCUAAAUGGCUAGGAUUCAAAAAGUUCUCUUCUACUGAGUCGACAUUGUUCAAGCCCCUAAUGUGGCAGACACUUUUCGUGGCAACGUCAGCGCUUUGGAGUAUCGUAUGUGCUCGACAACGAAUCGUGAGAAAACAACACGGCUUAGACACACAGACUCCUGAAGUCAUGUUCCCAGAAAUCACAUAUCGUGAGUCUGACAUAAAUCUCAAAACUUUCCUGAAGUACGUUCUGAACUAUGGUUAUUAUCGCUUGGGGUAUGAGAUAACAUUAAUAUGUCUGGUAGUGGUGAUAUCAGUCCGUUUGGAUGGGUACGCUAUCAUAUACGCGGGAUGGCUCUGCGUACUAUUGGCACUACCCAGAAUUGUUGUCAGAUACAUUUGGAUACUAUUCACAUCAUUCAUAUCACUCUCCAUCAUUUGGCAGUAUAUCAUGGUCCUAGGAGCGCCACCGCAAUGGUGUUACGAAUACGAAUGGGAAACCCGCACACACUAUUGGACGGUAGCCCAAGACUUUUGGUUCCUGGUAGACAACUACCACCCACCGCCGCCCUAUAAACUCGCUGCAGAGAGCGUACUAGCCCUUUUUGCAUGUAAGCAGUUGCAGAACUUCAAUCUGGAAAUUCGCCUCUCACAUCGGGGCAACAGCUAUUACGAAGGAGGGAAUAACCAUAGCAUCAUCUCACAUUUCGAGGAACCGGAUCAUGUCAAUCCUGUCACUGAUUUCACCACAUAUAACACAUCUUAUUUGGACGUUUUCAAGAGAAUAUUGUUCAGCUUUUCCUACUAUGGUUCGAUGUGGAUAGUCUUCUUGGGCAGCGUGAACAGAGUCAACAUCUUCUCCAUAGUAUACUUAUGUUAUGUAUUUGUACACCUGUGGUACGGGCUCAACCUGUAUUAUAAGCCGCUACCAGUAAUACUCAAAUACUGGAACCAAUUGAUUGCUCAGAAUGUAAUUAUAAUCCUGAUCAAAGCCCUGCUUCAAGUGAUCGGAUGCUUCUAUAUGUACGUGAUACCUUUAGAAUAUUGUCCGUACCUGAGGUUGUUUGGAAUAGGUUGUGUGCGAAGGUUUGAACCCACGGACUAUUUUGAAAAGUUAGAGAAAGGUCUGGAUAUCUGCAAGGCAGCCACAAGCGAAAUGUCCGGUAUAGAGUGGGAUGCUGCUAUCUUCGCUUUCCUCAUCAUGCAGCGCAGAGUCUUCAGCAGUUACAAUUUCUUUUUAAUCAUCGAUGAUACGAAAGCGGGUCACCUGUUGUCCACUAGAGGUGCUGAAAUCUUGGGUGAAGCUCGUCGAAAAGAGCUAAAUGCUAUAACAGAGGAGCAAAAAAGUGUUAGGGAAAGAAUAAUCCUGAAGAUUAAGAAGGUGGAGGAAAAUAAAGCGAAAAUACAGGAGUGUAGGUCAGGACACUACGAGCUAUUCGACGAGUUGGAGGACCAAGUCAGUAUCGAUAUUCUACCUAAAAUGAAAGAAAUGGAGGUGAAACAAACUGUCAAGAAACAGAAACCUACGAAAAGCUUGGUGCAUUUAAUAUCGGUCAUGUAUCAAACCGAUAUGCGAACUGCUGUGAGGGGGUAUUACGAAGCUGACGCAGUCUCCAAAAGGAUGAAUCAAUGGGAUGAACCAUACAAAUGGUAUACAAAGGUGCUGUAUCUCCUCAAAUUCUGCUAUGCAGCCAUGGAUAUAGGAAUUGUUAGUGCUACAGGCUGGCUCGAACAACAUAACAGAGAUUAUGUAGAGGUGCGGGCUAUACUGAAUAAGGAAAAGCGUCUACUAAAAGAAACAACCGAUUACCAUGUUGGCGUCAGGGUUGCAGGCUGGUGGUUGCCCAGAGCAUCUUAUCAAACUUUGCUGUCCAAAUCUAAGCUGUCUAGACCGAAAAGGCCACCAAGGGAAAUGUCUCUGGAAGAACAGCCUCAUAUCGUGAAGUUGAUGCAAGCUCUCUGGCUGUUCACUGUAUCUAAGUCGGAUCUCUUGGCUUACUUUGCUGUCAUCAUGAACCAGGUGAUGCUUUCGCAACUAAUCACCAUCCCGCUAAGUAUCAUGGUAUUCUUUUGGGGGUCACUGUGUAAUCCAAGGACUUCAAGGACCUUCUGGAUCGUAAUGAUUGGAUACGUCGAACUGGUAAUUCUACUGAAGUGCAUCUUCCAGUUCUACGUGAUGCCAGGGAACCAAUACGAGAAAGUUAAAUCGAAUACUAAAAUGGACAAAGAAAAUCCACAGUACCCCCCCGUUGUAUUCGGCUUGCAGCAAAUGGACUUAUACUACAUCUAUGAAAUGUUCAUUCUUAUCGCUAUACUUCUGCAAAGGCACUACCUAAAAAAUAUUGGCCUAUGGACAGCCAUCAGAGAUACCACCAGAGAGGUUCAAAUAGAUGGAAAUUAUGUUUUGAACAAUGGAGAUUUCGAACCGGCUGAUGCUGAAACAUCCAUCACUCGGACUGAGUAUAGAAUAAAAAGCACUGGUGCUUCAAUUUUAGACAACAUCGUAAAGGCUUGCGGAACAAUUAUACUACAAUACGCAAUUGGCUUCCGUGAGUUCUAUCAAAGGCUGCUUUAUCAUGAUGCCCAGAAAGCAGUGGAUCUCUAUACGCUCAUGUUUUUAUGUGAUAUUUCUACUUUCAUACUUGUAACGAUGGGAUAUCCGUCAUUUUUUGAGUAUGAUAGCGACGUAUCAGUUGUGCAAUUCUUCACUUUGAGCUCAAUCCCUGUGCCCUUUGUGAUGGUUGUUUUCGCCCAUUUUGUCAGCAUUGGCGUAGACCGCUGCAUCUACCUGAAGAAAAACGUUAUUGGCAAGCUCACAUAUCAUGUACUGAACACUAUUUGGCUGCACGUUUGGUUGUUCCUUUUGCUUCCCCUCCUCACUAAUGGAAGAAUGGCGAAAGAUAUGACAGCGGUAAUCCUCUACUAUAUAGCGCGAUGUCUGUAUCUACUUGUGUCAGCCUAUCAGAUACGUUAUGGUUACCCCAGCCGUAUCUGGGGAUACUUCUAUGCCCAUAACUUCACCUUCUGGAAUCUAGCCCUUAUGAAAAUCUACAUGUUCAUCCCUUUCUUGUACGAACUACGUACCGCCCUUGAUUGGAUGCUAACCGAUACCGCCAUGGUUGUAUUCGAUUGGUUCAAGAUGGAGGACAUGUAUAUGUGCAUUUAUGAGGUCAAGUGUAAACGGUUAAUAGAGGAAGAAUACUGGGCGCCUGUAGGAAUCAAGAAGCAGAAUAUCUACAAAUACAUGUAUGGCCUAGGUUUCGUGGCUUUGAUCCUGGUGAUCAUAUGGUUUCCCAUAAUGACGUAUUCAUGGGGAAGGGCAAAAGGAAUUUCUAAUACUCCAACAGAAGCAAAACUCACUUUCACGUUGGGCAAAUAUGAGCCAAUUUAUGACAAUGUUGCACAACUUUACAAGUUCCAAAAUCAAGAAUUUGAAUACAUGAAGAAAACGUAUAAUGCCUUUGAGCCAUCCAAGAAUUUCUUAUAUGACUACGCGUACACGGACGUGGUAGCCAUGAUCUUCAAUAGCGGUGGACAAAUCUGGAUGAUUCGUGACCAGGGAAAGAAAAUGAUGGUUAACCAAAUGAAAGGAUGUCAUCCAAUAAAGGCAACUUUGAAGUGGGAAAUAACGCUGUUAACCGACGGAAAACAGAAGCAGGUUACAGGUCAAUUGUCAAAGUCAUUCUAUCCCUUCACAUCCGGCCGCAGAGAAAUCGUCAAGAUGAUGACGUUUAAGGCUGACAAAGAUACCACGCCACAAGGCGUGCGAUACUUUUUGCCUAAAUUUCUCAAAGUUACGCAAACUGGUGAAGUCAGCGAGGUCGAUGUGCUCAUGAAGCGUGUUGAAAACAGUAAGAAUGAUAAUUAUAAUAUAGUUAUAUCGUUCAAGUAUACGGUAAGGUAUAUCAGGAAAUAUACAACCCACUCCGUAUGAUGGGAAAUAGCCAAUCAAAGCAUACCUUCUAAAAGUUAACAUUAAUUAACUUGUCUCUUAGAUAGUGAAUCAAUGGCAUGGCGUACCAUUGAAGCCUACGCUCACGUACUCCAAAAUGAGAAAGGCAGGCUGUGGUGGGAGAUUCAAGAGAGAUGUCACGAUGACAACUACAAAACAUUAUUAGAAAAGAUGCCCUACAACGACUGCAAAGACAUUCUUGUCAUAUACUCCUUCACUGAUAAGGUAGUGGCGCCAUGGAAGAUUCUUGAAGUGAUGACUUGGUUUGCCGGUGAGGCGAGCAUUCUGUCCCUAUAUGGUGUGUACUUCUUCUUCCUGUCUGGUUUUAUCCGUGAUAUCAUCUUCAACAAAGUAGAGAAACUCUAUGCAACAGAUGCACCGUACGUGGAGAGGGUAUAUAGAACCUGCAUCGAACAUUUCACUUGCAGGGAAUAUGGUUUUGUGCAGUUGGAGAGCUACCACUGGAAAGAAAGUGUAUUCUUCUUUGCUUCAAAAGAAAUGAUGGUGAAGGUGACAAGAUACAAAGAUGAUCCGUACAACUCUGUGUUCUAUUGCAAGGAACUGGAUAACAUGAGAUGAAUUUAAUAAAGUAUUACAAUCAUAACCUUGUUUAAGUACGAGCAGAUGGAUCUUGGACUCAUAAAAAAUAGCGUCAAAUCCUGGAUAGAGAACUGAGAUCAAGCCUAAAUAAUGCUGAUGAGUUGCUAAAAAAGUACGUAACAGCUGUCCGUGGUUCGAUAUCUCUACUUGGGCGGAUGAAAGGAGCAUGUUUAAGUCAGACCAUCUAAGAAAAAUGUUAGGAGCGUAAAUGUAUAACAGACAAAUUAAUCGGCUCAAAUCCGCCAAUCAGGUCCGU